AUGCCCGGGAUUCCAACGGAGUCAACUGACUCCCAAUUCAAAAGCAUGGGCUCCAUGUUCAACCAACCGAACCCGACAAGUUCCAAGCCAGCCGGAGACGACGACUCGAAAGCCCCGCUACCCAAGGGCGUCGUCCUAGAUAAAGAUGGAAAGCCCUGUCGCACCUGCACCUCCGUAGCAUCAUGGCGAGCAUUAACCAAGCAAGCCGACCUCAACAAGAACACAACCUCUUCCUCCUCCUCCUCGACCGCAAACAAAAUGACAACCUCAACCCCCGCCCUCGCCGCCGCUGCAACCCCCUCACCAAGCGAACUCCCCUCCGACUGCCCGCCAGACGUCGAACAACUUGGCCGCUCAACAUGGACACUACUGCACUCAAUGGCAGCCACGUAUCCGGAAAAAGCAAACGCAGAGCACCAGGACAAUAUGCGCGGGUUCCUGAAGUUCUUUUCGAAGCUUUACCCGUGCUGGGUGUGUGCGGAUGACUUCCAGACGUGGAUGGCGCAUCCGAGUGGACAGAACCAGCCGCGGCUGGGGAGUCGGAAGGAGUUUGGGUGGUGGAUGUGUGAGGCGCAUAAUGAGGUGAAUCGGAAGCUUGGCAAGAAGGAAUUUGAUUGUCGGCUUUGGGAGGAGAGGUGGCGGACUGGGUGGAAGGAUGGUCGGUGUGAUUGA